AUGGCGCGCCUUGCUGCUGUUGCCGUCUGGAGUUGUCUCCUGCUUCUUCCCGUCGUGAAAGGGACGGAGCUUGACGGCUGUGAGGCGGACGGCUGCGAGGCCGAUGUGUCUUCUGCUCUCCAGCUGGGCCGAGGGCGGGAUGAGGAUGACCCGGAACCAGCAGAGGAUCCGCAUCCGGAACAGGAGCCGGAAUACGAUCCGGAGCUUGAUGCAGAGGAGUGUGAGCAUGUGUGCUGUUACUCAAGAUUCAAAGCUCCAGAGUCUCUCUGUGGCUGUCUUGCUGCUCAGUCGAUUUCCUGCAAUUACUGUUCCAGGCCGUACAUUGCCACUCCAGAAGAAUACCAGGUGCCGCAUGCUGGCAGCUUCAACAUCUCGAUCCCUGUUGAGGAGACAACACUAGCCAACAUUUCGAAGUUCGAGGUGGGCUUGGGCCUGGCUGGCUUCCGCGUGGGAACUCUUGGAGUCACUUUGCUUGGGCCAGCUUCGCAGAGUCUUGGGCUCAAGGAACCGGAGAUGGAGCCCGAGAGCCAGACAUCCCAGGUGCACUGGAUCUUCACUGAUAGAUCCUGCAGUGAUUGCAUGGAGCCCACCGACAGCUUUUCGCAGCUACAGGGGGAAGAUGCCAAGGGCACCUGGACUUUGAUCAUCGAGACAGACCCAGAGGUUGCGAAUGGUUUGGUGACAUGGGUGGAGCUGAGCAUCACUUCAUGUUAG